CUGUCGCUUUUUUUUUUUUUCAACUGUCCCUUUUUAAACAUGGCUUCUGGGAAUCCUAUUGGCUUUCUUUCAUCUGCUUUAUGACAUCAUUCCUCCCUCAACCAAUCAGCACCAGAUAGAGUCUUGAGGUUGCCGUGUGUGACCAAAUGUGCCUCAGUACUGAGCAUCUUUGAUCCUGCACAGACGUGAUUUUUUUUACUGCGAAACCUAACAACCCACUCUCUCAUCCCUUUAUCCAGAUCCUACUCCUGUUUUGUCCCCAUUCCUUUAUCCAGAUCCUACUCCUGUUUUGUCCCCAUCCCUUUACCUAGAUCCUACUCCUGUUUUGUCCCCAUCCCUUUACCCAGAUCCUACUCCUGUUUUGUCCCCAUCCCUCUAUCCAGAUCCUACUCCUGUUCUGUUCCUGACUUGAAGAUGUCAGAAUCCAGACAGUGUUUUUGUCUCUUUAUCUGAUUCUUAUAACUGUGUUUUUAUUAUCUUCCCAACAAUGUCUGGUGAUAUUCUCACACCUUGGCUCACAGACCAUCAGAGCUGUCCAGAUAUUAAAGGACCUUUCAUUGCUGGAGCUCCAAAGAAGAUCAGGAGCACCAUUCGCAGACAUAACAAUGCCACUCUUCUGACCCAAGAGCAGUUCCAACUUUUAAGCUCUCUGGAGAAUAUUUACAUCAAUAAUAACAUUCCCUGGAAAUCUUACCUUGAACUGAAGACCUAUCAGAUAAAAGCAGAAGUCCUGCUAAAUCAAGGCCUCACAGAGGAAGCACUUGUGAUGUAUCACAAAUUUUCAACACUCUUUAUGGAGAAACUCAGAAAAGGCCCGAAUAAGUGUCUUUCAGCUCGAAUAAGAUCCAAAAUCAACAAGACUAUAAAUAACAUUAAUGAAAAAGUUAAGAGCCUUAAAUUCACACUCCGAAGAAAUCAUACUAAGGAGUAUGAAGGCUACCUAGAUAAGAAGAAAAGAAAAGAGGAAGAGGCAAAAAACAAGGCGUUCUGGAAGCAUAGAAAAAAUCAUGGACAAAACUCCCGAGACUUCCCCAAAUUCAGCUCUCUUCUACAAAGACUUAUGAGUCGUGGAAAGGUGGGCCCCAGCCUGACACCAACAUCUACAAAGUCUGAAGAGCCUUCAGGAGGAAGCACACCUGUGAAACAAACAGUGGUGUGUGGCCCACAGGAAGCCAUCGAGGAGAUAACCCCCACCCCUUCAGCAGACACUCUUGGGGAGACUAAGGUGGUGAAAAGCCCAGUUCCGAACUCCAAAGGCCUCCGCCCUGUGAUCCUUCCAAAAGACUUAUGGGAUAGGUUCCUGCUUUCAGCGAAGAACAACACCAAAAAAAAAGUGGAAACAUGCGGAGUCUUAUGUGGUACCCUGGUAAAGAUAGGAAAGCUCCUUGUUCUGAGACUGUUUCUUCCCCCUUGGCUUCCUAUGACUCCCAGAAAACAUAUCCAGGGGCUGUGUCUAUACUUAUCACUCCACAGAAGGAACCAUGGAUGACAAGGCCUGGCCACC